AUGAGCAGCGCCACCUGGCAGUUUGGAGAAAAAAGUAAGAAAUCCGGACCUCCGCGGAAGAAGGCUAAGAUAGACGAUGGAGGAGGCGACAGUCGCACCAGGACAGCUGAGCUUCAUGAUGAUCUAAAGGCCAAGUUCAAAGUUGAUCUGCCUGAUGACUUCUACCAGCUGUGGGACUUCUGCAAGACUCUGGAUGCAGAAAAUCCUGCAGGAGCCUUGGACAGCGCACUUGGCUUGGAGCUUGUUGGUCCAUAUGAUCUCCUGGCUGACAGGGUGGUGACAGAAGGUGCACAGGAAGCAGACUUCCUCCUCCACUGGAGAUACUUCUACGACCCACCGGAGUUCCUCACUGUCAUGAAGGGAGAUGACGAGACACUGCACCACAUCGGUUACUUCAGAGAUGAACCAAACAAGAAACCAGUGUUUGUGGCUUCGAACCAUGCCCAGAAGAACUACACCAUUUCUCCUCAGGGGGACAACCUGUUUGCAGCUGUCAAAUUGCAUCUCAACAAAGUUUUGAAACAAACGAAGGACAAGAAGAAGAAAGAAGAGUUGAACAAACUGUCUGCCAAACUGGAACAGCAGGCAAAGGAGGGAGGGUACUCACUGGAGGAACAGCCAGCAUCUUUCAAGGCAAGAAGGAAGAAGAUGGUGACCCCAACCUUCCAUGGUGCAGGAAUAGUGGUGCCCCUGGACAGUAAUGAGGGAUGA